UCUGCGUAGGUGGAUCUUUCAGUGAGCUUUUUGUGUCCUGCACGUGUGUUGGAUGAUUCAACAAAGGGUGCACUGCAAAGAUGCGUGAGUCCUCUGUGGAAUUUAAGGAUGUCUCUUGUAGUUCUGCUGAAUGUGGAGCGUCCACUUUGAGGCGGUUCAGCCGGCCGUCUCUGCUUCAGCACAGAAACUCUUAUAUGCUUAGUGCCUUCUGCACAGAAGACAAUGUGCACGAGUGUCUCUCACAUAUUAAUCAGGAGGUCUCAUCUUUUGGCCUCCCACCGGUUUUGAUGGAGUCGGCCAGGAGCUCAGAGCUCAAUGUUGUGUCUGUGCUGAAUAGUAUGUAUGACCUGAUUCAGCUGCACCGCAGGGGCCUGCGGACUCUGGAAAGCAUGGAAGUGGAGCAGCAUAAGUUGAACAGCAACAUGGACUUCCUGCAACUCACCACCACUCGGUUAAAGGAUCAGCUUGAAAACUGUAAAAGGGAAAACACAGCACUACAAGAGAGAGAACGCCAGCUCCAGGUGAAAGUGAAAAGCUUGCAGGCUUACUUGAAAAAUGAAAAAGAAGAGGUGCAAAAGCUUCAUAACAUAAUUGCAAGCCGGGCUAUCCAGUACAUUCAUGAGAUGAAAAGGAAGGAGAGAGAAUUUAACAAACUGAAGGAACGCUUGAAUCAGCUUCUGGUUGACAAAAAGGAUAACAAACAAGCCAUUGACGUAUUAAACUACAUUGGAAGAGCUGACAGGAAGAGGAGCCUUUGGAAAACUGGAAAGACGGAGGCUAAGCAUGAGGGGGAGAUGUAUAAGACCCUGUUGAGUGACUACGACCAUCAACAGAAAGAGCUGGUGCUGGAAAAUACAGAGCUGAAAAAAGUGUUGCAACACAUGAAAAAAGACAUGAUGUCCAUUCUCAGGCCAAGGAAAUCAGCUCUGAAAGGCGACGAACACAAAGAUAUGUUACAGGCUGAUUCAGAGGAGGAAGAAGAUGUAUUUGAUUCCACUAAGGAAAGUGUGCAGCUGUCAUGUGUUCACGCCCGGGAGAAGCUGACAAAUAGCAUCCGCCUCCAGUGGAGACGUCUGAAAAGCCACGUUGAGAGACUUGACAGUCAAGUAUCUUUGGAACAGGCGGGUGAACACACCAACAUCGAUCCUUGUCCACAAGCGACUCAUCAAGACGAGAUGGACAGACUAAAGUUGGAGAUCCAGCGGUGUAAAGAUUUUAUUCAGACACAGCAACAACUCCUACAGCAACAGGUGAACUUGCCUUGUGAUGAGGAAACAGCUUCACUCCUGAACAACUGCUACAUGCUCCGAGAAAAAGAGCACCUCAGAGAGGAGUGGAAGACUUUAGAAGAGAAAAGAAAUGUCUUUGAGAGGGAGAGGAGGAAUUUUACUGAAGCUGCCAUAAGACUGAGUCAUGAGAGGAAAGAUUUUGAGGAGGAUCGUGCAACGUGGCUCACACACCAGUUUUUAAACUUGACUCCAUUUGAUGACACAAAGAAACCCAUCAUGUCAAAGUCAAAAAGUGCACUUUCAAUAUCUGAAACAGAAGCAAGUGCAGCACUGGGUCCAGAAAAACUCAUCACACACCAGCCCGAUAUGACUACCUACUCUUCCACACCCACAUGUUCUGCACUCCUGCCACCAACCAUGUCUCACCUGCAUCAUGUAAUUCCCCUUGUCCCAGAAAACAGGUAUUAUAGCUUUACUUAUCUACUGCUGCAAAAGUUUGGAAAUAUGCGGAAAAUAUGA